ACCGAGAAAAUCGAGAUAGACAUCUUCUGCUCUUCAAACUACAGCAGCCAAACAAGAACCGACAACUAUCUGCAGGAGCUGAAUAAAAACACUUUCCAUUUUAACUUGACACUCUUCUGUCCUGCCGUCUGUGCACAAUGAGCUCCAAGGCAAGUCUGCAUGCUGUCUCCCCACUCAGGGACAGUAUCCCCAUGUCCAAAGAGGCCGGGAUCACAGUCUACCUCAAACUGGACACUGCCCAGCCAACCGGCUCCUUCAAGAUCCGUGGCAUUGGUCACCUCUGCAAGACGUGGGCGGACAGAGGGUGUGAACGGUUUGUCUGCUCCUCAGGGGGCAACGCUGGCCUGGCAGCUGCCUACUCCGCCCGGAAGCUGGGGGUACCUGCUACCAUCCUAGUGCCUUCCAGUACCCCAUCCUUCACCAUCCAGAGACUAAAGGAUGAGGGGGCCAGCGUGUCUGUGGUGGGGGAGAUGCUAGAUGAAACCAUUGAACAUGCUAUGAGAAUGGCAGAGAAUAACCCAGGCUGGGUCUACAUCCCUCCCUUUGAUGACCCGCUCAUCUGGGAAGGACACGCCUCCAUCGUGACAGAGCUCCAGCACUCCCUGGACAGCAAGCCUGGUGCCAUCGUGCUGUCGGUGGGAGGAGGGGGCCUGCUGUGUGGGGUGGUGCAGGGGCUGAGGGCUGUGGGCUGGCAGGAUGUGCCCAUCAUUGCCAUGGAAACCAAGGGAGCACACAGCCUCAAUGCAGCUGUGCAAGCAGGGGAGCUUGUUACACUGCCAGAGAUCACCAGUGUUGCCAAAACGUUGGGGGCGAAGCGUGUGGGCGCACAGACCCUGAAAGUGGCCAAAGAGCACCCCAUCUUCCCAGAGCUGGUGAGCGACCAGGAGGCUGUGCGGGCUAUCGAGAAGUUUGUGGAUGAUGAGAAGAUCCUGGUGGAGCCUGCCUGUGGCGCCGCCCUAGCGGCUGUGUACUGCAAUACAAUCCACAAGCUGCAGGACGAGGGCAAAUUGAGCCGUGACCUGGACUCCGUGGUCAUCGUGGUCUGUGGGGGCAACAACAUAACCCUGGGGCAACUGCAGAGACUCAAAGAACAACUGGGCCUGCCCAACCUUACUGCGGCUUAACCCCCACAAACAGUAAGAGUGGGCCAGGCCAGAGAAAAGCUGCAUUCUCUAUACAGUGGAGCAAACCAAUACAGACAAAAAUGGGGUGUCUUUUUUUUUUUUUUUUUAAUGGGAAGAAAUAUUUUUAAAACUGGGGGCCAAGAAAUCCAAAAAGUGAACAAACACAGCCCUCCUGAGCUGAUCAUCCAUGCAGGGACCAGAUUACAAACCAGUGACUUUCAGCUACCCACAGAAGGCUUACCUUUGUCAGCAGUGUGGGACGACCUUGCCCUGCCUGUUACACCAUCCUGUCUAGAUAACUCAUUCUAGUUGUACUUUUUAAACUGUGUAUGUAUUUGUGCACACCUCUAUACAUCAUAUUGUUUAAGUUAUAGAGGUUCAUGUCUUGCAUUUACUAACAGUGUGUAUGGCAUAUUGUUGUGUUUGCUGUACUUGAAAUAUUUUGUCAAAUUUCUUGCAUUUUUAAAUAUUAAACCUUUUUGUUUUU